AUGUCUUCUGGCCUCCACAAGAUGAUUCAGUGCAAUGUAUACCACCCUGACAUUGAUCUCGGGAACAUGAGCAUUAGGCAGAGUGACUCAGACUUGGAUGCCUACCCAGUUGUAUUAAUCGAUUUUGCUUUCUCUGAGCCAUUUACUCAUUCUCCAGCAUAUGUCAGAUACCCCAUCAUCAGAAUUGUGUCCAUCCUUCAAAGCAUGGGUGCAGAUCUCUCUCUGGUGGAAACAUGGUUCCUGGAUGGGAUGCACCAUGGCUUGCCCUGGAGUGCGCUCUUCACAGGUGUUUUCAAGGCUAAACCAAACUGGUUUAAUAUUAUGGCAAACAGAGAGCUGACCGCAGCUGAGGAUAAGUCUACUUUUGUGCCAUUCCCCGAUUGA